AAGCCUGGCCAGGUCAUUAUCAUAGCGUUUGAAUACUUUAAAUAAUGUUUUAUACUUAGCGACUAUAAUGGAUUAUAAAUUUAUUUACAUAAAUAUGUAGCCCAUCUACUCAGCUAAACCCAUUGGUGUAUAUCUACUAAACGAAAGUUGAAUCUGGUUCUUAAGUUUUAAUUGUCCCAUUUUGUUGGAUAGACAAAAAAAAUAGACACAACCCACUCAUUGUUUUACAUACCUAUUUGUGUUUUUACUUCAUCUAUAGUAACCUAACCAAAAAUGGGAAAUUCUUCCUCUACUCUGCCUAUUAAAACCGUCUUCAAGCUUUCAUCGCCUCUACCCUCUUGGCCACCAGGUGAAGGUUUUGCUAAAGGAACCAUAGAUUUGGGAGAGCUAGAAGUUUGUCAAAUAACAAGUUUUAACAAAGUUUGGUCAGCCACUAAGGGAGGACCAGAUAAUCUUGGGGCAACCUUCUACGAACCCUCACCAAUUCCAGAAGGCUUCCACUUGUUAGGAUUUUACAGCCAGCCCAACAACAAACCCCUCUUCGGAUGGGCACUAGCUGUAAAAGACAGCAAUGGUUCAUCAUCAGCUUUAGCUCAACCAAUUGACUACACUCUCAUUUGGAGCAGCGCUUCUCGCAAAGUCAAGGGCGAUGGCAAUGGCUACAUAUGGCUUCCAACUCCACCAGAGGGCUACAAAGCCGCCGGCAUGGUUGUCACCAACACCCCACAAAAACCUCCCCUUGACAAGGUCCGUUGUGUGCGCUCCGACCUUACCGAGCCCUGCGAGGAGGAGACAUGGAUCUGGGCACAGAAAAAGGCACCAACCAUCGAUGAAGCUGAUGGUUUUGAUAUCUAUAGUCUUCGCCCGACGAACAGAGGAAUUGAAUUGCCUGGAGUGAGAGUCGGUACAUUCACUGUUAGAAACAGUGGAAGUACUAUAACUUCAACUUUGGCUUGUUUGAAGAAUGUGAAUCCUAACAAGAAUUCAUAUAUGCCUAAUUUGGAGCAAGUAAAGGCUCUGUUUCGAGCUUACGCUCCUUUGAUCUACUUUCAUCCGGACGAGAAGUUCCUCCCUUCUUCAGUAAACUGGUAUUUUGAUAACGGAGCACUUUUAUACCAAAAGGGAGAAGAUCAAUCAUCCAAAGCCGUUGGGAUCAAAGUCGAACAGGAUGGCUCAAACCUCCCACAAGGUGGCGCAAACGACGGGUCGUUUUGGCUGGACUUACCGGUGGACAACGAUGCAAAAGAGAAAGUGAAAAAAGGUGACUUGAGUAGUGCUCAAGUUUACCUACACGCUAAACCAAUAUUGGGGUCCACGUUUACCGACAUAGGGAUAUGGUUAUUCUUCCCAUUUAAUGGUCCGGCAAGAGCUAAGGUGGGGCCUCUUGAUAUCCCUUUGGGUAAAAUUGGCGAACACAUAGGGGACUGGGAACACUUGACGCUCAGAGUCAGCAAUUUUAACGGAGAGUUAUGGCUUCUCUACUUGUCUCAGCACAGUAAAGGUCAAUGGGUCGAAGCUUCGGAGCUCGAAUUCGGCAGUGGUAAUAAACCAGUCGCUUACGCGUCGCUUAACGGUCACGCGCUGUACAGGAAGCCGGGUACAGUUAUGCAAGGAGGUGGAGAGGUUGGGAUUAGGAAUGACACUGCCAAGAGCAAAUUUGUUAUGGACACGGAGAAGGGGUUUUCAAUAGUGGCGGGUGAGUAUAUGGGGUCUGCAAUAGUUGAGCCGCCAUGGCUGAAUUAUUUGAGGAAAUGGGGUCCGAGAAUUGUCUACGACUCGGCAGAUGAGGUGGAGAAGAUUCAGAAUGCUUUGCCUGGGAAUGUUAAGUUGCCCAGUGAAAUUUUUGGGGAAGACGGCCCAACUGGUCCCAAGCUCAAGCGCAGUUGGAGCGGAGAUGAAGUGAUAUGAGAAUACUAUUAUUAUUUAUUAACUCCACCAUUAUUGAAUAUUGAUUGUGUGUUAUUGUGUUAUUGUUGAGUCAUUAACGGUUAUGGAAUAUUUAAUAAUCUAUAAUUGCACAUUUUAUUUAUUUUAAUAGUUUUGAAAGGGAAGUUAUUUGUUUUAUAGAAAAGUAAAAGAUGAGUGGUUGAGUUGGUAUACCAA